UGGUUCCCUGUGUCUGCGGGGCUCGCGGUGUUUAGUGGGACAUCCAGACAAAAUGGCGGACGAGCGUGUUUCCAUAAUCUCUUGAGUUGACUUGCAUGUUGCUCCACAGAUCUCCGAAGUAUGGCAGGAAUGCUCAGAACCUCGGCUUAUAAGGCUUUGAAUCAGAUGGCAAGGUCGUCAGCACUAGAUUUCAAAAUAUCAAGUUGUUUCGCUGCUGUCACCAGCCACCCUGAGGCUCUAGGAAUUCUGGGUAAUCGUUCUGUCACCAAAGCAAAGGUCCCUAAAGGUGCUCCAAAGAUAAAGCGAACACCUGGCUAUAGGGUUGCUGUUACCAAGGGGUUUGAGUCACAACACACAGGAAGUCUAAAGGGGAGUUAUGGUGCGUCAGAUCGGCUACUGGAUGACGUCAUGAUUAGGAAAUAUAUUGAAGGCGUGUUCUAUGACGAACUAGACUCAGAUAUCAUCGUAAAGAGGCGAGAUAAUCGCAUUAUCAUAUCUUUCCUGGUAAAUAGGGAGACAGACAUCAACAAGUUUUAUUUCUUGACAAGUUUUAGUGAGAAAAUUCUGAGCGAGGCGUUUGGUUGUAUUGUUAAGUUUGAACCGCAAGCAGGAGCAUAAAUAAACGAGGAAAUGGUUAAUUUGAAUUGAGUUCUGUUUGCCUUUUAAGGCAAACCAUAAGACAUAAGACAUUGUACUUUAGACAUAAGACAUUGUACUUAUAAGUUAUUGCUAAUUAGAUAACUCAAAUUUCCC